AUGUCUCCGCCCGGGAAUGGAAUAUUCGUCGUGCGAGGUGAAAUGUCCACCCUGACGACGGCAAUGCGCCGCGGGUCAAGGUGGAGCUUCAACACGUACCAGGAUGACGACAAGGAUGUGCUGUUAAAGAGUUUCCAAGAGCUCAAAGAAGUGUUGCUUCAGGUGGAAGAUCUUCGUCUGGUCGAACCGAACGUGUUUCUUUCUCCGUUUUUGGACGUGAUACGAUCGGAGGAAACAACGGGCCCGGUUACCAGCCUUGCCCUCUCAGCUGUCAAUAAGUUUCUGUCGUACGGUUUGAUCGACCCAACACACUCGACCCUCGCUGCCACGGUCGAAAAUAUUGCCGACGCGGUGACGCACGCACGAUUUGUCGGCACGGAUCAAACGUCCGAUGGGGUGGUAUUGAUGAAGAUCAUACAGGUGCUCCGUACGUUGGUGCUCAGCCCGGAAGGUAGCGCGCUGUCGGAUGAAAGUAUGUGCGACAUCAUACUGAGUUGCUUUCGGUUGUGCUUCGAGCCGCGGCUCAACGAAUUAGUGCGACGUACGGCUGAAAAUGCACUGAAAGAUAUCGUGCUACUGCUGUUCAUGCGGCUACCACAGUUCGUGGAAGGUGGAAGCUACAACACACUGAAGACGUUGAAAAUGCGGUCGAGUUCGAUGGAUCAAUCAGGCAAGCGAAGAAAGUACAGUAAAUCGAGCAUGAAAGAAGAACCGAAGGCUGCCACAAUUGUCCCUAGCGUUACGGCGACAGUUCCGCCAGUGCCGAAGAUUGUGACCGCUUCCAGUACGGAGGAUCCAACCAAUCAGGCAGGUUCGGGGGAAGAACCAGUCACACCAGUAAUGCUUACUGCCCCCAAUCGUCUGAAGGCACUACCACUGUCAACCACCCCAGCCACGCCAGCAGGAGUUAUUUUCGAUUUGCAGGGUUCUAUUUCCCAAACGCCCAAAGCGCCUGCUGUAGAAUCUACGGUAACAGCAGCCGGAGAUGGGAGUACCGCCGUCCCAGAGACCGAGCUGGAAACUGUACCACAGCAGGGCACCGAAGAACCGGCUGCUACUGAUCCAUCGUUUGUGAAUUCUGUUGGUGUUCGUUUUACGUCACAGCAGCCAGAUGAGGAGAUUCCUACUGCAGGGAACGCUUCGGCGGUUUCACACGUUCCAUAUGGGCUGCCUUGCAUUCGGGAGCUGUUUCGAUUUUUGAUUUCAUUGUGCAAUCCAAUGGACAAACAAAACGGAGAUGUCAUGAUCCAUAUGGGGCUGACGCUCCUCACGGUAACGUUCGAGGUAGGUGCGGACAGCAUCGGUCGGUACGAUUCAUUACUCACCAUUGUGAAGGACGAUCUGUGCCGCAAUCUGUUCGCACUACUCGCCACCGAACGGAUAUCAAUAUUUGCAGCCGGGUUGCAGCUUUCGUUUCUUCUUUUUGAAUCGCUUCGGGCACAGGUAAAGUUUCAGCUCGAGCAUUACCUCACCCGUGUGGCAGACAUGAUUAUGAACGAUAGCCCAAGGAUACUGUACGAGGCGCGCGAACUAGCGAUGGAUAAUCUGCUGCAGCUGUGGCGCAUUCCAGGGUUCGCAGCCGAGCUGUACAUCAACUAUGAUUGUGACCUUUACUGUUCGAAUUUGUUCGAGGAUCUCACGAAGCUGCUAUCGAAAAACACGCUUUCGGCGACGCAAGCCAUCUAUAGCAUUCAUACACUCUCGAUGGAUGCAUUGCUGACGAUCGUUGAGUCGAUCGAACGGAAUUGUGUUCAAGCAAAAAAUGGCCAGAAACCGAAGUAUAUGCGACAUUCUAGAAAUAAUUCCUACGCCACGGCAAAAAUCGCGUUGGAUGCGUCAACGAUUCCGGGUACGUCGUCCAUUCGGGAUAGCGAUGUACAGGUGACGCUGGAACUGGAGGCUGAUUCCGAAGAUGCAGCAGGCAACGCAGAACCAGCGAUAGUAGUGGAGAACAUAAGCAAAUUUCUGUACUCUAGUCAAAGUGAUCGUUUAAGUCGGGGAGCGAUAGCUAGCGGUGCAUCAUCCGGUGGAUAUGAGGCAGCCAUCGAAGGAGCAACACUACCUGCCGAGUCGCCACAGAAACGAACGCACGAAGAGCUAGCGGCAAUCAAGCGGAAGAAACGCUUGCUGACGCAGGGAACUGAUCUGUUUAACCAGCGUCCAGAAAAGGGCAUACAGUUUCUGCAGGAGAACGGACUGCUUAAUCAAGUUCUCGACCCACAGGAAGUGGCACAAUUUUUGCGAGCAAAUUCUGGCCUUGACAAAAAGAUGAUUGGAGAGUACAUUAGUAAGAAGAAGAACGUCGAAAGCCGCAUUUUGGAGGUGUUUGUGAAAUCGUUCGAUUUUGCCGGUUCAACUAUCGAUCAAGCGCUUCGGUUGUAUCUGGAAACGUUCCGAUUGCCUGGGGAAGCUCCACUGAUUUCGCUCGUGAUGGAACAUUUUGCCGACCAUUGGCAUGAAUGCAAUAAUGAACCGUUUGCCAACACGGACGCUGCCUUCCGUUUGGCGUACGCAGUGAUCAUGCUGAACAUGGAUCAACAUAAUUACAAUGCGAAGCGACUAAAUGUACCGAUGACAGUGGAUGAUUUCCUACGCAACUUGCGGGGUUUGAAUGGGAACUCGGACUUUGACCAGGAAAUGCUUACAAACAUUUAUCAUUCGAUAAGAAACGAAGAAAUUGUUAUGCCCGCGGAACAGACGGGUCUGGUGCGUGAAAACUAUCUCUGGAAGGUGCUGCUGCGACGUGGUGCUACCAAAGACGGCAUCUUCCAUCAUGUAUUUGGACCGCAGCACGAUCGUGAGCUGUACCGCGUUAUACAGGGGUCAACACUAGCCGCCCUCAGCUUCGUUUUCGACAAAUCGCUUGACAAUGUGUCGCUGUACCAGAAGGCAACUGGAGGUUUCAUGAAAUCGGCCACGAUAGCAGCACAUUUCCAGCUGCACGGCGAUUUUGAUGCACUUAUCUUAACGCUGUGCAAAUUUACGACACUCCUAACGCCACCGCCGAAUGAUGCAAAUGAAAUUACAGCCAGCGUUAUGUUUGGUCAGAACGUAAAAGCACAACUAGCUAUGCGCACCGUUUUUGGGCUGAUACACGAACACGGCGACUGUAUGCGGGAAGGUUGGCGGCACACGACCGAUGUGCUGUUACAGCUGUUCAAGUUAAAGCUAUUGCCGAAGGCACUGAUGGAAGCAGAAGACUUUUGCGAAGCAAACGGUAAGGUUAUGCUACUGCGCGAACCAAACCCUUUGCCCAAGACGGAGGCUGGGCUAUUCAGUUCGCUGUACUCGUAUCUGGCGAACGACGGGCAGCGGCAACCUUCGUACGAAGAGCAGGAGGUGAUCAAACUGUCGCGAAAGUGUGUACGCGAAUGCCAAAUCGAGCAGAUCGUGAACGAGUCGAAGUUUUUGCAGCUAGAAUCGCUUGAGGAAUUGAUCGGGUGUUUGCUAGCAAUGAUCGUACCACCAGACGCCCACAAAUCUACCGCACCACCGUACGGCGAGUGUACGGUCGUGUUUCUGCUCGAACUGCUGGUGAAGGUGCUGAUACAGAAUCGCGACCGGUUGCUACCGGUUUGGUCGCGUGUGCAGGAAAAGCUGUACACACUGUUGGUUGGUGCUUCGACAAAUGAAUACACCUACCUGCUGCAGCGUACAACCGUCGCAUUGCUCAAACUGGCCAUCUAUCUAAUGCGCAACGAAGAAAUCUGCUCUACCAUUCUGCAGAGCUUGCGAAUGCUGUUGGCGCUGCGGCCCACGGUCAUACUAGCCAUCUCGAAGCCUAUCUCGAUUGGUAUGUACGAACUGCUGAAAACAAGUGCCCAAAACAUCCACACCGAGGCGGAUUGGGCUAUCGUGUUCACGGUGCUAGAAUGUGUCGGUGCAGGAGCAAUGCCACCGGAUUAUACCGUCGAACAGGUAGCGAUCAGUGGUGCCAAAUCAGAUGGAGCGGUCAGUAGUGAGGAAGAUUCGGGUCUGCCCGACCGUGGGUACAUUUCCGAUUCCGAGCUGAGCACUGCGGCAAUACCGCUGGUAAAGGCGGUCGCCACAGCUCCCUCUCCGGUACCACUCCCCAGCAGUCCUACUACUGGAGAUGCAUGGAUAAUGGUCAACAAGGAUACAAUCGAUCUUGUUCCGGCGGGAUCUGGUGGACAGUCUCCGGCGGCCUGCGUUCAGCAUUCGAUUCAGUAUCACUGUAAGCUACUUGAACACUCCCCUUUCGCGUUGGUGAAAUGUUGGGAAAGUUUGGCGUUUAUCGUACGUAACGUGGCGCACAUUACGCCGUACAACUUUGAAAGCUGUGUACGCUGCAUACGCACCUUUGUGGAAGCUUCCAUGAGCCAGCCACAUCAGCAACAGCAGCGCGACUAUACAUCGAACAAAAAGAAACCCGGAUCAGCCAAGGAUCGUCAACGGAAGCGAGAGGGUGCCUCGCAUCAGGGUGCCGGCAUGUCCUCAUCUUCAUCGUCAUCGCUCGCGAUGGACAGCAGCGAUAGUGAAUCGGAGGAGUUGCCCGAGCGUUAUCAAUCAAUAUCGAUCCAGCUACUCGAUCUGAUGCAUACGCUGCAUACACGCACGGCACAAAUCUUUCGCUGGUGGGCCGAAGAAGGUGGCGCUGUGCCCCAGUGUUCCUCACUGUGGUCGCAGGGCUGGUGUCCGCUGCUUCAAGGGAUUGCACGACUCGCAACUGAUCAUCGGCGACAGGUUCGCACCAGCGCUAUCACUUGCUUACAGCGCGCCCUACUUGUCCAGGACCUACAAACAUUGACCGGUUUAGAAUGGGCAGGUUGUUUCAAGCAGGUUCUGUUUCCUUUGCUGCAGGAACUGUUGCAGGAAAAAGCGACUGGUCCGGUAGAGGUGUCCCUGCUCGAAGAAUCCCGCAUACGAACGGCAACGAUCAUGUCCAAAGUGUUUCUCCACCAUUUAACACCGUUGAUCGCAUUAGCCAAUUUUCAGGAACUAUGGCUCGAGAUAUUGGACUAUUUCGAACGGUUCAUGUCGGCUGGUUCGGACAUGUUGUAUGAGGCGGUGUUGGAAAGCCUUAAGAAUAUGUUGCUCGUUAUGCAUUCGGUUUGUGUGUUUCACAACACUGAUGGUGUUACGCAUUCUAUGCUGUGGGAUGUCACAUGGCAGCGAAUAUCCGGAUUUUUGCCCAAUCUCAAGGAUGAACUGUUCAAGCAAGAAGCCGUCCGAUCAUCGGUUAGUAUUAGCGGUGCUAACGUGGUAACAGUAAAUGCAGGCACCGGAAUAGCUCAUACCAGCCCAAUGAUUCCACCGUCACUUGCCGGAGAGCAACAGCAUAUUUUAGAAGGAGGUCAGAUAAAUAACAGCUCAGCCGUUACAGAAAGUAUUCAUCCACGUGUUGUACUGCAUCCAGUACCCAUACCAACAGUUCCGGCAGCUUCGUUGCUGUCGUCUUCUCCACCGGAUUCAUUUGUUCAGCAACAAACAGUACCAGCUGCCAGUCAUCCGGUGUCGACGGUUGAAGUACAUCGUUCUCCAGUCAACCGAAUAGCUACUAACAAUCUGUUGAUGAACAGCACAGCAACGAGUGAUUUCAAUGCACUUCCGCUGAUGUUGCCGCAUGUCGCCACGUUGCCGCUACCGGCAGAAUCGUUGACGGUUGGGCAGGAAGAUUCAUUGAACGUAAUGUUGUCGUCUCCUGGAAGGCAUGCCAUAUCGCAACAACAUCAAACAAUGGCACCGGUACAGCCGGUUCCUCGGAUGGUAGCGCCGGUUGCAUCGAACAUUAUCGAACUCCCGGGAUUCCUGGGAUCCCGUACACAACAUUUGCCAAUGGGCACGCUGGACGCUGGAAGUAAAGAAUCAGAAAUCAGCUCUGAUAUGUCCACGAUUCCCGAUGUAGAAACUGGAAAUGUUCCAUUAAGUCAUCGUCUAGCAGGUUCACAGUAUCCUUCCCUGCAGCACGUACCCAUCGGUAUUGCCCAAAGUUUUGCUCCGAUUUUCGUACAGCCGAAUCCAGCCCCGGCGGAAGCAUCCGACAUCUACUCGGACUACAUCAAUGAUCCUUACAACCUGACACUGCAAAUCGAUAACGGAACCGGUAGCGUCCCAAGCGUUACUGUUGCCACUGUGGUAGGUGCUCCUGCCACGGAGACACUGGCUAGAUCAAUAGAGGAAACAAAACCCAGCCCGACGGGGACGGUGAUGGUUGCAACGACAAUGACGACAACAGCUACGUCGUCUGCCCAAUUGGCGAAUGUAUUUCAAUCGGCGCAAUAUUUUAGUUUCCCGGCCAGUGGCCGAAUACCUCCUGGAUCGGAGAUGCUUUUCGGAGAACCGUAA